GGUUGAGAGUGAACACCAAAUCACUGAUUUGGAUAUAAAAUACCGACCGAUUUUCUAUUCUUUCAUCAGUCAAUCUUGGAAGUGAUCAGUAGUGCUACGAUGAAAGAAACCGUGAAGUUCAUCUUGUUGGCGUUGGUGUUCUGGGGAGCACAUUUGGCGAAGGCUCAACAGGAGGAUGGUGAUGUAGAAUCCACUGAUACUACUGAAUUUGACGAGCAGAAUGGAACCAACCAUACAUCAGGCGGCAACAGAGUUGGUCGUAUUAUGGGUGGGGUGCGCGGAUCUAGUGCAAACAAAGCUUACUCUGUGUUAAUGACUCUAUACGGUACCAGCACGGUUUACACCGCUGGCGCUAUCAUUAGCAAUACUGAGAUUCUCACCUCAGCAUCCGCCCUGAAAAGCGCCGGCACUGUAACGAAGUUUUCUAUUGCGGCUGGUAUUGGUACCUCAAUGUACCAAGUAGUAUAUGUCACUUAUAAAAGCCACGAAUUCCAACCUGGCUUCGAUUCGGCUACUCUAGCGAACGAUGUGGCUAUUAUAACGAUUAACGAAACCUUCGCUGGAGUAGCGAACGUGCAAACCAUUGCCAUAGCGACCACAGAGAUUGCGGUAUCUACCACGACUCGCACAACAUGUGUGGUAGUUGGACGGGGCCAAAUGCCCAAUACUGCCGCAAGUGGUACUAUGGACCAAACCGAUUACGAACUGCUUACUGAUCAGGAAUGUACAUCAGCAUUUAAUCAAGCCCAACCUUCCUCAAUACUAUGUGCACGAUCGGUGAGUGGUUAUGCUUGCAAUGUUGACAGCGGUGCUCCGCUGGUCUGUAACGGUCAGCUGUACGGGAUACUUACACUCCAAACAGGUUGCACCCCUUCCACCCCCAAAAUUCAAAAGUUUGCUAAGCUAGCGGUCAUUAGAAUUCCUUGGAACACUCCUACCAUAUCGACCCCACCCAGGAAAAAUUACGUAUCUUGCACUUGAACAUUGUACUGAUGAUGAUCCUUUACUGAUGCAACGAUUAAAUAAACCAAGCAAAAUCGUCUGAUU